AAAGCUAAAUCUAAAAAUCACCAUUACGUCAGUAGUGAGAUCUGCCGUGCCAAGAAGACUCCAUUCAUUCAGACCUGCAUAUAUGUAUACUUGAGUACUCAGUGAGGGGUUCUCUGCAAGAAAAAUCACUGUCGCACUGGAUUCCCCUCAAUCAUCUCAGAUUGCCCGGGAGCAAAUCGCUAACAAACCUUGUUGACCACCACUGGGGAUAACGACCACGACCACGACCACGACGUUCAUGUGGUCCAAAACCCUCUUGGUCGUGAUCUUGGCCAUCGCUGUUCAAGAAGUGGUCUCGCAAUGCUCACGUGAUACUUGUGGUCCUAACACAAAUUGCAGAGUCCAGGGAAGUGCGGCCGUGUGUCGGUGCAAUUCCGGCUGGGAUCACGCCCCUGGUGGCAACACUAUCGAGGGUUGCACAGUCAGAAUCAGCGAUGGACAGCGCUCCUCUGGCAUUUCUCACCGAGCGACCCCUCCGCGGACUUCCUUCGGCACCCUGAGUAACCGCUUGGGUAACAACCGGAUCCGAUCAGGGUCAAGCUCAGUGGGCUCCAGACAGAACUUCAACGAUGGCGGCGAUCCCUGUGCCGAAAGGCCAUGUGGGCUCAAUGCGGAGUGCACCUCUCAAGGAAAUCGAGCUGUCUGCUCAUGCCCUCCUCGCUAUGAAGGCGAUCCGAACAUUGAGUGUACCCUCGACCCCUGUGAAACCACUCGUUGCGGCGUUAAUGCUGAAUGUGAAAGACGAGGAAACCAAGCAAUUUGUACCUGCCCGCCCGGUUUUAAUGGCGAUCCUCUCAUCAGAUGCGAUGACAACCCUUGCAACUCCAGCCCUUGUCAUCCAAAUGCCGAUUGUCAAGUCCAGGGAACUCGGGCUGUGUGUAAAUGCCGACAAAACUUCGAGGGCGAUGGCAUCAUUGAGUGCUCUCUGGACCCUUGCCUGAACAAUCCCUGUGGAACCAACGCUGAAUGUCAACGCACAGGAAGCUCAUACCGUUGCGUCUGUCCCCGAGGGUACUCUGGCAACCCUCAAUUCCGUUGCAACUCUGACCCUUGCGGUGAGAACCCCUGCGGUCCCAAUGCUGUGUGCAAUCCCAAUGGCAAUGUCGCCACAUGUGUGUGCGCUCCUGGAUAUCUUGGGGACCCUCUUUCACGUGAGGGGUGCUACAACGAGCCGUGCUCUACCGGUCCUUGUGGCGUGAAUGCCGAGUGCGAAUCCAGAGGAAGAAGUGCCUUGUGUCGAUGUCCCCGAGCUCAUACCGGUGACCCCUAUACAAGAUGCAAGUUUGACCCUUGUGCUGAGGCCCCUUGCGGUGUCAAUGCUGUAUGUAAUGAGCAAGGAGAAGGAUACGAGUGUGUGUGUCCGCCCGACUACACUGGCAACGGCUACGGCGUUUGCACCUAUAACCCGUGUGCCACAUCCUCGUGUGGACCCAAUACCGAUUGUAACGUGAUCGGCGAGCGAGCCGUGUGCCGCUGCAUCAGUGGCUACCGGGGUAGUCCGAACAGCAGGUCCGGAUGUUUGGCUGAUCCUUGUUCCAUUGAUCAAAUCUGUCAUCAAAAUGCCGAGUGCACCAACCAAGGGGGUCAACCUGUCUGCAGUUGCGCGCCUGGCUAUGUGGGUGAUGGCUUUCACGACUGUUUCAGAGGGAAUUGUUUGUCCAAUGACGAUUGUGGUUCCCAAGAGGCUUGCCAAGAGUACCAAUGUGUCGACCCCUGCGCAUCCGCUUGUGGAAGCGGGGCCGAAUGUGAAGUGAAUAACCAUGUUGCCAUCUGUCGAUGCCCACGAGGACUCACUGGAGAUCCCUUCCAGAACUGCCGCCGUUUCACUAGGGAAGAAAUUUGUGGAGAUGCCUGCGGUCCCAAUACCGACUGCACAGUGAAUGCCGAUGAACGACCCGUGUGCAAGUGCUUGCCUAACUACAUUGGCAACCCAUUGACUGGAUGUCGAUAUGAAUGCACGUCUGACAGAGAGUGCCCUUCAGCCCAGAAAUGUUCCAACUUCAACUGUGUGGCCGUCUGCGAUUCCUCCGCCUGUGGAGAGAACGCCAACUGUCGAGCCAUCAAUAACCGAGCCGAGUGCACCUGUCCUGAAGACUUCCAGGGCGACCCCUACACCAGAUGCUUUACUGAGUGUGUCCGUCACAAUGAUUGCCCUGAGAACACUGCCUGUAUCAAGUUCAGAUGUCAGGACCCAUGCUACGCCCUAGCUGAACAACAAUGUGCCCCAACGGCCAAUUGUGAAGUCAAAAACCAUAAACCCAUCUGCUCCUGUCCCAGAGGUUUCACUGGAGAUCCUUUCAGGUCUUGUCGAGAGUUCAACCGGGAUGAUCUCUGCAAACCCAAUCCUUGUGGAGUUGAUGCCAUCUGCCAACCAGGUUAUAACAACCGUGGCUCAGAUAAACCUGUAUGUACGUGUCCAAGUGGAUACCGAGGCAAUCCCUUGGUCAGAUGUACUCGAGGAGAUUGUGAACGGGACAGCGAUUGUGGAAGCAAUUUAGGUUGCUACAAUUUCAAUUGCGAGGACCCCUGCCGUAGAGGUGCCUGUGCUCCUAACGCUGAAUGUCAAGUGCGGAACCAUGCUGCGGCAUGCAGUUGUCCGGAUGGGUACUAUGGUAACGCCUUGGAGGCGUGCCGUCCUACCCAAGCCAACACGCGAGUGGUUGGUCACUCCAAUUCUCGUAAUCGUUUCCGCUUUAAGCGCUUCGUGGACAACGUUCUUUCUUACCUUUACUAACCUCCCAUGUCUUGUGGCCUAUAACUCAAUCCUUGUAUAAAGACAUUCUUUCCCUCCCAUUUUCCUCUCCCCAUUGAGCUCCAUCUCCUUUUUUGAAAGGCCCCCUGUGAUGGGUACCCUCCGCCUUUCGUCUUACUCUCUAUUCAGGUAUUUUGUCAAAGGCUUUUCCAUUUUUUGUUGAGAAGGGCCUGUGGGCCCCUAUCCAAACCCGUCUGGGCUGAAGCAAUGUACCAGUUUCAGAUUUGUUCCCAAGACCCCCCUACACACACACUUCACUCUAUUCAACAAGUUUGAAGCUCUUAAAGCAUGCCUUUGAGCAAUGGAAAAGAUUUAUUAUUCAUCAUGAGGAUGCAGAAUGGAGCCCUUUCUUCCUUAUCUCUCGGCCUCUUGCCUGCUUCCACUUAUUCCAUUUCACACUCACUUUUGACUCUUUUGUUCACGCCCCAAAAAAACUCAGUUUCAAAGGAAAUAAAUAAAAAUCUGUCUUAA